AUGAAGUCUGUUUUAUCAUUUCAAGCUCGGAAUGGCUUGCGAAAUGCCCAGCGGAGUGCUGGGAGCUGGAGAUAUGCGGCUCCUACUGUUGUGAGGUGGUCGUCGAGUGAGGCCAGGCAGUGGACUACGCCUCUUGCGAAGCAGCUUUCUGAAGCUAUUACUACAAUAAAGAAUUUUGGACCCAUGGCUAAGAGCAUCGAGGCUGUCUAUCUGGUUGAAGCUAGCCCGUCCUUGAGGGAGGCUCAGAAGCAACUGCUGUGUGGCGACGCGCCUCUUGAAGAGAUGUCCAUUGGGCACCGGAGUACAAGUAAAUAUGCCGGGAUUCCUGUCAUAUGGACUGAGAACAUCCGCUUCGUCCCAUCAGACCAGAACAAAACACCCUUCAUCGUAGCCCACGAGUUCUUCGACGCCCUCCCAAUCCACGCCUUCCAGUCCGUCGCUUCCUCAGACUCUGCCCAAGAGACCAUCCAAACGCCCACAGGCGUCCAUAAACUCACCCCCGAGGCCUCUAAAGCUGCCCAAAGGAAAGGACCCCAGUGGCGCGAAAUGGUCGUCUCGCCCACGCCCCCAGGCUCAACACACACCACUCUCCACACCCCAAAGUCACAACAAGGCGCCAACUCACCUCCCGAGUUCCAACUCAAUCUCUCUCCAGCCGCAACGCCACACAGCCUCUACCUGCCCGAGAUAUCAGCACGGUACCGGGCGCUGAAAUCGACCCCGGACUCGCUCAUCGAGAUAUCACCGGAAUCGCACGCCUACGCGCAGGAAUUCGCACGCCGCAUUGGCGGCUCGGAAACAGAACCCAAGACCUCACCCUCGGGCGCAGCGCUCAUCCUCGACUACGGGCCUGCCGACACCAUCCCGACCAACUCCCUCCGCGGCAUUCGCGCCCACCAGCGCGUCUCGCCGCUCAGCUCCCCCGGCCUCGUCGACAUCUCCGCCGACGUGGACUUCGUCGCGCUGGCCGAGGCUGCGCUCGGGGCGUCGCCUGGCGUUGAGGUCUACGGGCCGGUGGAGCAGGGGCAUUUCCUUCUAAGUAUGGGGAUUGAGGAGAGGGCUAGGCGGUUGAAGGGCCAUGGCGGUGGGGGGGAGAUGGGGGAGAGGGUGGAGGGGUCAUGGAGGAGGUUGGUCGAUCGGGGAGGGAGCGGUAUGGGGAAGGUGUACAAGGCCAUGGCUAUUGUACCGGAGAGUGGGGGGAAGCGGAGGCCGGUGGGCUUUGGAGGUGAUGUGGGGAAUUGA